GGACCAGUGUCAUUCGAAUCAAUCAUCACAUGGAUGCGAUGCAUCCGAUGCGUCAAUCUGUACAAACAAAUGCACCCAUAUCCCUCCCCUCACAGCCCCACCCACUCCCACACUACACAGAAACACCCACGAGAGCAUAGCAUCUCUUCAUUGGCCUGGCCCGCCCAUCCCAUCGCAUCCCCUGCUCGCUACUCCGGCGCUUCUUGCCUCCACACCUUGAUCAGCCCAUCGGCAGAGGUCGUCAACAUGGCCUCCUUCUCAGCAUGGAACCGCACUGUGAAUAUCGCCCCGCCGUGGGCCUUCUCGUGGUGCAGCAGCUUGGGGUUGAGGAGGUCCCACACGCACAGCCGGUGGUCUUCCGACCCGCAGAAGAUGUGAGCGUCUGAGGGGUCGAGGACCGCCCUGACGCGGUACUUGUGGUUGGUGUGGCCGCGGUACGAGUUGAGCAGCUCACCCGUGCCCUUCUCCAGCAGACGGAUAGUGUCGUCUAGACACGUCACCAACACACAGUUCUCGUCGUUGGACAACGUCACGCUGCAACAAACAGCGAAGAAGGAGCGAUUUGUGCUGGCCGCUUGUCUAUCUCUCUCGGUGUGUGUGUGUGUGUACCUGCCGAUAGGGUGUUUGAGGUCGUCAGUGGUGAGCCUCCCCAUCCGCACGUCGUACCGCCUCACUCGGCCAUCGACGCUGCCCGUCAGGAUCUCGUCGUCAGUCACACACAGACUGAACCAACGAACGAACGAAGGAAGAAACACAACAGCGAUACAGAACCAUGCGCCGCUGUCUGAGUGUGUGUGGCUGCUCACGCGGUGACGGAGUCCUUGGCCUCUUUGAGUAUCUGGAGCGGCGCCCGUGUGUUUGACUUGAGGUCCCAGCACCGCACUGUCCUGUCCCAGGAUCCCGUGAUCAGCAACUCAUGGCUCGAGUUGAACUCACAGCAGUUGAUCUUCCCUGCAUUGCAAGGCAAUUAAGGUGGAAACAAUCGAUAGGAUAGCUAAUGGCUGGCACGGGAGAAAUGAAUGAGCUUCUGUGUGGUGGAUGCGAUGCGCAUGUGGCGUACCUCACCUUCGUGUCCCGUGAGGCGCCGUAUGACGUUGCCGGUGGCCACGUCCCACAUGAAGCCAAACUUGUCCCCCCCGACCGACGCGAACUUGGCAUUGUCGGGCGUCACCACCGCAUCAUUCACCUCGUGAUUGUGAGGGCCUGACGCCACACACAGACACAGCGAGUGAACUGAACCCAUGCAUACAUAGCAUAGUGAGCGAUGGCCUGCCUGCAUGUGAUGGGACUGACUGACUGACCCUUGUAUUCCUUGAUGAAGAGGCCUUUGUGUGGGUUCCACAGCCGCAGCGUCUUGUCCUGCCCACAGCUGAGGCAGUAGCUGCCGUCCUUGUUGAACCGCACGUUCUGCACAGACCCCUUGUGCCCUCGCAGCGUCGCGGUGCUCUUCCAUGGCACGAACUCGCUGCUCAUCGAUGCAUCACACACACACACACGCGAUGGAUGGAAGCGGCGAUAUGAACUCAAAGCCAAAUAAGCACCAACUCCCAGAGAUCUACGGGAUCUAAGCCAGAGAAAGCGCUCAAGCGGUCAAGAGCGG